CUGCACCUCUCAGACACCAUUUCUGAACUCGAGAAACUCAUAUCUCUAUGAUUGUAAACGAAUUACAACGUUAUAUUAUAAGAAUUUUUAAUUGAAUAUAAAACAGAUUGUUCCUUGGAACUGAAAUGUCUGAAUUAGAGCAAUUCGACAUUCCAGAAAUGGCAGAAGUUGAAGACGACACGGUGGACAUUCGAAUUGAUAAAUCAAAAGUCGCAUUGCUAUUUUCCAAAAGCAAAGUUUGCAUUCAUCCUACCUCAAAAAUUAAAGAUAACAUAUCGGGAUACUUGUCUCUCUCAAAAACAAGAACCAACCAUGGGACUCCAUUGACUGGCAACGACAUACUUCUGUCGUGGGUCCCGGAUUCAUUUUUAAGAUCACGUCCAAGAGAUUUAAAUAUAUUCCGAACGGCUGAAACGUCAUUGGAAAGCAAUAUCAAACAACUAGUGGAAAUUCCUGAACAUCUAGAUUACUCGUUCUCAGUCCGUUUAAAUAGUAUAUACUCUAUAAUAUUUCGUCCCCCUAAAUACGGCUGGAAUUAUGGCAGCAUUGUCAUUAAUCUACGAAACAGCGGCGAAAGUUUACCACCUUUAUUCUUUCAUGAUGAUGAAUGUUCCAGCACUAUUGAAUGUAGUCGACGCAUAACAAAAGAUCAAUUUGAUCCCUUUGAUGAAGCUGGCGACAUCUUUUGGGGAGGCACACAUCUUAUUAUGCACUUGAAAAAGUACGUUAACCUGGAAAAUUCGACACAUGAACCACAAUUGUAUCUAGUCAAUCCAAGCCCUGAAGACACGCUUGCUUUUCAAUCCAAUGACUUUGCGCAUUCUGGCACGUCGUCUAAGCAACGAUCUAAUGAAUCUUCUCCUUCUCCAAAAAAAUCUCAAUCCUUUCUAAAUCCCUUCCGCCGUGCUUUGCAAGAUUUAUCGUUUACCGUUCUAGAGCGAUUUAGUCGAGUUACAAAUUAUGGAAAAUCUGAAGUGGACAAACUAAUGGAUCACAAAGUAACGAAAUCGUUGCUUCCGCAUUUCCCACGAGAAGUUCAGGUUUUAUUUGAAUCGAAGCGGCUUCAAAAGCUUACUGAAGAAUAUGAUCCCGCUCGCAUCUUCCUUGCUAAAUGGGCAGCUGGUGUUGUAGAAAAUUCUGAAAUAAGCAGCACAAAUGCUUCGUCUGAGGCCGCCGGUUUGUGGUCUGAGCAACAGCAGGAAGAGGAUUCAUCCUUGGGUCCUUUUGAGUUGGUUUAUUUCGAUGAGCGCGUGAAACGAGGUGAGCCACUCACUGUAGAACAAUGGAAGUCUUCAUUUAAUAGUGAGGGAAAACUAAUAGUGAAUGUCGAGCAUUUACUUGGAAUGAUUUUUCACGGAGGCGUUGUUCCUUCACUUAGGAAAGAAGUAUGGCCUUUCUUACUUUCUAUUUACCCUUGGGAUUCCACUGAAAAUGAACGCAAGGCUAUUUAUCUUAGUCUUCAAGAUGAAUAUAUUAGAUUGAAGCGAAGAUGGUACGAAGAUAUAACCCGACAAUUUAAUGAUCGAUCAUUCAUAGAACAGAGGAACAGGAUUGAAAAAGAUGUUCACCGAACUGAUAGACAGCAUGAGUAUUUCCAAGAAGAAGACUUACCUCAUCCUGAUCCUCAGUCAACUUUUACAGGUACUAAUUUACAUAUGGAAAUGAUGAAAGACAUGCUCCUAACUUAUAAUGAAUAUGACACAGAAUUGGGCUAUGUACAAGGGAUGUCGGAUCUUUUGGCACCAAUUUACGUUACUUUUGGUGACAAUGCUCUGGCCUUCUGGGGAAUGGUAGGAUUAAUGAAACGCCUUCAUUACAAUUUUCUGCGAGAUCAAUCUGGUAUGCAACGCCAGCUGGAAACGUUACGACAACUAAUCCAGUUGAUGGAUAAAGAACUCUACAUCCACUUAGAAAAAACUGAUUCAUCAAAUUUGUUUUGCUUUUUCCGUAUGUUACUAAUAUAUUUCAAACGCGAAUUUGACUGGGAAAUACUUUUGAAGCUUUGGGACGUGCUUUUCACAAAUUACCUUUCUUAUGAUUAUCAUAUUUUUUUUGCUUAUGCUAUUGCUGAAAGACACCGUGAAGUCUUGCUAAAUCAGACGCAUGCAUUCGACGAGGUAUUGAAGUACUUUAAUGAACUCUCAGGAAAAAUUGCCUUGGAGCCAACAUUGGUUUGCGCUGAACAGUGUUUCUAUCGGUUCAACCAAACGGUUUCAUUGAUAGACCGCAAAAGGCACGAAGAGAGAGAAAACAAUCAAGAGCCUUCGAAGACCCUUCCCUUUGUAACGCCUUUAUUACGAAACCUUCUGAGCAAAAAGCCCCUUAAUUAUGGAAACACAAGCAAUUAAUGAGUGAUUCUUUUAUUUUGUAAUUAUGUCCUUUUUAUGAUGAGCAUUAGCGUAUGCCUAAUUAUAUUUAACUACCAAGUCCAGCUAUCAAAUGGUAAUAAUUUAAAACUUGCGUUUCCGUUGCCAAUUAGGAUUUGGUCGAGAAUUGAAUUUUUUCGUCGAAAACCCUUUCUUUUGAAAUGCCGUUUUCCUCAAUUUGUCCUGCUUUUCUUUCUCUUUUAAAAUUUUCAUUCGUAUUCUCCUUUUCUUACUCGGUCUCCACCGACGGUUCUUUUUUUCAUCAUCGAUCUUAAUAUUUACAACCUUAUGAGGCUUUUGGCAUCCAGGCUAUCAUAAGUGCUGAUUAGUAUCAAAUUGAAGUAGCAUAAUAUUUUUUUUAUAACUCCCUUCCUUUAUAAUCGUAUACGAACUAUUUACUUACCCA